AUGUAUCUGAAGAGCCAGUUCCUCAGACUGGCUUUUCAAGUGAGUCCUGGCAGAGUAUCUGACGCGGUAUUGGAGGCAUCAAAGACAAGCGCUGUGCAAACCCUGGAGAACAACCUCACCAACCUGGUGAAGAGAAACAGUGAGCUGGAGAACCAGAUGGCCAAACUCAUCCAGAUCUGUCAGCAGGUUGAGGUGAACACAGCGAUGCACGAGGCCAAGCUAGUGGAGGAGUGUGAUGAGCUUGUAGAGAUCAUACGCCAGAGGAAACAGAUCAUCGCUGUCAAGAUCAAGGAGUCCAAGGUGAUGAAGCUGCGUAAACUGGCCCAGCAGAUGGCUAACUGCAGACAGUGUCUGGAACGUUCCGGAGCCCUCAUCACCCAGGCAGAACACAGCCUGAAGGAGAACGACCACGCUCACUUCCUACAGACCGCCAGGAACGUGGCCGAGAGGGUUGCCAUGGCCACGGCCUCAUCCCAGGUGCUGAUUCCAGAUGUGAACCUGAACGAAGCCUUUGAUAACUUUGCCCUGGACUUUUCCCGAGAGAAGAAGAUCCUAGAGGGACUGGACUACCUGACAGCUCCCAGUCCUCCCUCCAUACGUGAUGAGCUGUGUACUGCCUCCCACGACACCAUCACAGUUCACUGGACGUCUGAGGACGAGUUCAGUGUCACCUCCUACGAACUGCAGUACACCAUCUACACCGGCCAGACCAACUUCAUCAGUCUGUAUAACAGUGUGGACAGUUGGAUGAUUGUCCCCAACAUCAAGCAGAACCACUACACGGUGCAUGGCCUGCAGAGUGGAACACGUUAUGUCUUCUUUGUCAAGGCUAUCAACCAGGCAGGCAGCCGCAACAGUGAACCAGCCCGCCUCAAAACCAACAGUCAGCCUUUUAAGCUUGACCCGAAGACGGCCCACAAGAAGCUGCGUCUGUCCAACGACUGCCUGACCAUGGAGAAAGAUGAGAGCUCCCUGAAGAAGAGCCACACUCCAGAACGCUUCAGCAGCACGGGUUCGUACGGAGCAGCAGGAUCCGUCUUCAUCGACAGCGGCUGUCACUACUGGGAGGUGUUGCUGGGCGCCUCCACCUGGUACGCUGUGGGCGUGGCUUACAAGUCAGCCCCUAAGAAUGAGUGGAGUGGUAAGAACUCGUCCUCCUGGGUGUUGUCCCGCUGCAACAACAACUUCAUGGUGCGUCACAAUGGCAAGGAGAUGCUGGUGGAGGCCAGCCACCAGCUCAGACGUCUGGGAGUCCUUCUGGACUACGACAACAACUCCCUGUCCUUCUACGACGCCAUGAACUCCCAACACCUGCACACCUUCGAGGUCAGCUUCCUGCUCCCCGUGGCGCCCACCUUCAUGAUCUGGAACAAGUCGGUGAUGAUCCUGUCGGGGCUUCCUGUGCCGGACUUUGUGGACUGCCCUGAGGAACACCAGGAGGGGAUGAUGACCCUGUGUCGUCAGCAGGAUUCACCCUACGUGUCGGGUAUGAAGGGCUGUCACUGAGUCCGGGACUGGGGUGACUCCAAGUCCCGGAGACCGACAAGGGCUUGGACUGGACUCUGAACUGGGCUGGGCUAGACUCACUUACUUCCUGGGUUUGUGGGCCAAUGGGGUUGAAUCUUUCUUCUCCUCAGCUUCCUACUUCCUCCUCUUCCUCCUUUUACCCAGCUUUCCUAUUUUCUCUUCAUGGAUGGUUUGUUACAUUACCUACUACUUGUCUCAGUGUGAGGAUGUGUGUUGUUGUUUAUGAUAUUUACAAAUCAACACAGAAGCUUGCAUUGUGUGACUACUAGUCUUGUAUUAUAAGAAACUUUAUUGAUCAUGAUUGAUUUGAGGAAAACAUGUUAAUUAUUUAUGAAUAAUAAGUUGGUCUGCUUUUAUUUUCUUCUCAAUCUCAACGUAUUCCCUUUUUGGAAUUGGUCUUUAUUUCCUCAGUGUUUAACAAAAAAAAGACAGAACAUGUAUUUGGACAUGGUUGUUCUCGCUCUAGAUAGCAUAGUGGAUUUAUCUUCUAUAGAAAUGGGUUAAGAGUAUGACGGUUAUGCGAUUUUUAACACAGUGAAAUGAACAAAACUGACAAUUUUUUUUAAAAAAAUUACGAAAGUUGAAUAUUCAGGGAGGGAAGAGAGAGUUAUAACAUUCGAUUUGCUAUCGGUUUUGAUGUCAUAGCAUGAUGUGUAUUUCCUCUGUGAUUAAUUCACACUUCUGUUUUGUUUACUUCUGUUUUGCUGUGAUAAAAGCAUGCUGCGUUAUAGGAUCCCACUUCACUGCCCUUCACUGGUUCACUUCCAGGUUAUCAUGAGGUAUUUCUUGACUCCUGACCUAUAGAAUUCCUCACUGGUUCACUUCCAGGUUACCAUGAGGUAUUUCUUGACUCCUGACCUAUAGAAUUCCUCACAGUCACCGCGGAGCUCCACCCCCCUCCCCUCACAUCCAAUCCCUGGUCGAGGUUUACCUAUUCCAAAAGGGGUGUGUUGUUAUUGGCCGCUGAUUUGUAUAAAGUCCCAAGACGAUGUAAAUCUGUAAUUUGUCUUACCAGUUACCAUCCCGAUAUCCUAUCUCUCAUAGAAACCAUCAGAUUUCUAUUCAAGAAAAUCCCAAAACAUUUCACCGGAUAUGGCUAAGAUUCCACAGAGAAGACCUUGUAGGUCUAUGACAUCAUCAUUAAAACUAAGUAAAGCGUUACAUCAUCAAAUACUUAUUAUUUAUUUGGGCUUUUUUUGUUGUUGUUUACGGCUUUGGUGGUGUGGACUAUGAUUUUUUAUGAUUUUUCCUCUGAUUUAAUAUUCAGGGAUUGAAUACGUAGUGGGUCUGAUCAAGACAAUCAAUAGUAUAUUUAUUAUGCAGAGAAAACAUAAGUAGUGUGUAGCUGAAAAACCACUGAACUAGCAUGAUGUAAUACUUCAGAUACUAAACUGUUAACUUACUGAAAACCAACGGAUGCUUUAUUUUUUUUCCAUCGAAUUAAACGUAGUAGUGAAGAUAUUGGGAACAGACGGAGUCGUACUACCGACGACGCCACCGUCCUGAUGCCGGUGGUUCAAUCUCUCACCACAUAGCAAGGUAUUUGGGACUUGUCCCAAAUGGCACCCUAUUCCCUAUAUAGUGCACUACUUUUGAAUGUAAAAAAAAAAAUUAUGCACUAUGUAGGGAAUAAGGUGCCAUUUAAGACACAGAUUUAGUUUUCCAUGCUAAAUGUCAUAUUUCCAGUUUUUUUUUUUUUAAGUUGCUGUUUUUAAUUCGAGAACACAAACUAACCACCAGGCAGAUUUGUCUUUGGCACCGUGAAAGUGGGAGACGGAGAGACAGACAUAUGAAUGGAUCUGUGACUAACUGGUCCGUCCUCAAGCUUCUUCAAAGAAACAAUAGCUACUUUAAGGCUGGAGUGAGUCUUGAGUUCCAUUAUGGACCCAACAGAACACAGUGGGUUCAAUAAUAAGAUGAGAAUGGUGAGUUCCAUUAUGGACCUAACAGAAAACAGUGGGUUCAAUAAUAAGAUGAGAAUGGUGAGUUCCAUUAUGGACCUAACAGAAAACAGUGGGUUCAAUAAUAAGAUGAGAAUGGUGAGUUCCAUUAUGGACCUAACAGAAAACAGUGGGUUCAAUAAUAAGAUGAGAAUGGUGAGUUCCAUUAUGGACCUAACAGAAAACAGUGGGUUCAAUAAUAAGAUGAGAAUGGUGAGUUCCAUUAUGGACCCAACAGAACACAGUGGGUUCAAUAAUAAGAUGAGAAUGGUGAGUUCCAUUAUGGACCUAACAGAACACAGUGGGUUCAAUAAUAAGAUGAGAAUGGUGAGUUCCAUUAUGGACCUAACAGAACACCAGUUCAAGCCAAGGAGAAUGGUGAGUUCCAUUAUGGACCUAACAGAACCCCAGUUCAAGCCAAGGAGAAUGGUGAGUUCCAUUAUGGACCUAACAGAACACCAGUUCAAGCCAAGGAGAAUGGUGAGUUCCAUUAUGGACCUAACAGAACCCCAGUUCAAGCCAAGGAGAAUGGUGAGUUCCAUUAUGGACCUAACAGAACACCAGUUCAAGCCGAUGAGAAUGGUUCCAUUGAAAGAGCUAGCUGAAUAUUGGACUCAAGAGGUCAGAGGUCUUUUAAAUAACACUGCUUUGAUUAUAACAGGUGGUAACACUUCACUGUAGCCCCCCCCCACCCCCGUACGUAUGCAUUCAUAAAGCCUUUAUAACAGCUGCAUAAGACAACAUCAGUUAUUAAGGGUUAUAUCAGUGCUGACUGAAGGGGAGGUGUUUGUGUUUGUGUUUUCAUUUUUCUUUUUUUAGUCUAGCAGCAGAUUUGUGAAUAUUAGCCCUUGCAACAAAAAUAAAAGAUUGCAGUUUUAAAACUGCAGUAAAAGUGUAGUAACUACAGUCGACUGUGGUGUUUUGGAAGCGGUGAUUGCAGUGUAACUGCAGUGUUCUGCACUCUAAACUGCAGUUACACUGCAGAAUUACUGCAGUAAAAAAAAAAGUGUUAUUUUGGAUGCGGUAUUUUGCAACGUACUGCAGUUAUACUGCAUUCUAACUACGGUUAUACUACAGUGUACUGCAGUUAUACUGCAUUCUAACUACGGUUAUAUUACAGUGUACUGCAGAUAUACUGCAUUCUAACUACAGUUAUACUACAGUGUACUGCAGUUAUACUGCAUUCUAACUACAGUUAUACUACAGUGUACUGCAGUUAUACUGCAUUCUAACUACAGUUAUACUACAGUGUACUGCAGUUAUACUGCAUUCUAACUACAGUUAUACUACAGUGUACUGCAGUUAUACUGCAUUCUAACUACGGUUAUACUACAGUGUACUGCAGUUAUACUGCAUUCUAACUACGGUUAUACUACAGUGUACUGCAGAUAUACUGCAUUCUAACUACGGUUAUACUACAGUGUACUGCAGAUAUACUGCAUUCUAACUACGGUUAUACUACAGUGUACUGCAGUUAUACUGCAUUCUAACUACGGUUAUAUUACAGUGUACUGCAGAUAUACUGCAUUCUAACUACGGUUAUACUACAGUGUACUGCAGAUAUACUGCAUUCUAACUACAGUUAUACUACAGUGUACUGCAGAUAUACUGCAUUCUAACUACGGUUAUACUACAGUGUACUGCAGAUAUACUGCAUUCUAACUACAGUUAAACUACAGUGUACUGCAGAUAUACUGCAUUCUAACUACAGUUAAGCUAGUGUACUGCAGUUAUACUGCAUUCGAACUACAGUUAAACUACAGUGUACUGCAGAUAUACUGCAUUCUAACUACAGUUAAACUAGUGUACUGGAGUUAUACUGCAUUCUAACUACGGUUAUACUACAGUGUACUGCAGAUAUACUGCAUUCUAACUACAGUUAAACUAGUGUACUGCAGUUAUACUGCACUCUGACUGCAAUCUUUUUUUGUAAGGGACCUUUCUUGAAUUAUCAGAAAGACGACCAAUUUGAAGAAAACAUCAGAGGUGAAAACUGUGGCUGCUGAUUUCUGGGCUGAACAGACAAGAUCCAUUUUAUUUGUACAAGAAGUGCAUUUGACUGGGUCACCUACCGUAUGCAUGACUUGGUUCAUACAGUCUGUGUAUCUCAUGAUGGUUUUUAUAGAAACAGAUUCAUCACAAAAUGUCCAUUUGAAAUAGACAAAUUUAUUGAGACAUCUGUGUUCAUGCAUAUCAUUCAGGUAGUUUUGCUGUGCUUUGUGCUACUACUACCGGAUCAAUAAACAUACUGAGAAUAAUUGA